UUUUUAAUUGUCUUCUUCGGCUGAAUGAAAGCAGCGGUGCUCCGGUAAAGAAGAUGCACAGAUAAAAGUGUUCGCCUGACAACAUCGAGGUGCCUGAGACUUUCCUGGUGAAGACUUUCAGAAUAAAGGGCAUUUUUUUGGAGAUUGCUCAUCAAACAAACUGUAAGAAAAGGACAACUCAACUGAAACAUCAGCAGACCCUCAACUCUAUACCGAUGAAUGUUUGUAGGCAGCUUCCAUUUGUGUGCUAUCACUCAGAUCACUUAUCAGUUGGAAGGUUUAAGCAAACGUUUUCCAAACUGGUCAUUUUUGGACUAACUGGACUGGCUUUUAACACUGGAAUACCACAUGGUUGCAGCAGCAGCAUGACUGUGGGAUAGUGACAGACAUAACGUAUGAUCACAUGCCCAUAUCAGCAAAGAUUUAUCUGAAAUCGAGGCCUUAUGUCUUAGAUUACCUUGGUACUUAUUUGCUAUAUCUAUAGUUAAGCGAAUGAGCUCCUGGAUCACCAAACUCAGGGUCUAAGGCUGAAAAAUUUAUUCUAAUUUUAGCACUUUUGUCAUGCAGGGAAUCUCAGUACGCACCAGAAACAAGCUGACAUCUCAGACUUUAUGUGUAGCUGAACACCGAGCCUCCCUGUCCUCUUCAAUGACCCCAUGACCCCUGGAAAGGCCGAACAGUCCAGUAUCAGCUAACCCCAUGUCCUUAUCAGAGAUCUAAUAGCAGCCGUCGGAAUGAGCGCAUGUCGGUAGCCGUGCCACGCCAGCGUUGUCGAGGCUGGCGGUCAUCUUCCUCGGCCAUGACCCGGCUGAUGUUGGGCCGGACUCUGGAGCGCAUCUGUAAAGGCGUCCUGCUGCUCUGCUUGCUCCACUUCCUCAUCAUGAUGAUCCUGUACUUCGACGUCUACUCGCAGCGCUUCGACCUCUUCAGCCGCUUCAACAACGGCCGCAAUGGAUCCAGGAAUAACGCCAGCGGAGCAGCAGGGAGCGGACACCAUUAUUACUAUUACAACCUUUCCAGGCCUAACGCAACGCUGGCCAGCUACCUGGCCACAGGGGAGCAGCUGGUGCCGAGUGUGCAGCCAGAGACCAAUCAGACACCUUCCCCGAAACCGCUGCCGCCGUGCCCCGAGAACCCACCUGGACUCGUCGGCCGUUUGUUGAUCGAGUUCAGCUCCCAGAUGACGAUGGAACGAGUGCAGAAAGAAAACCCCAACGUGACGGAGGGAGGCCGCUACACGCCUCCUGACUGUCGGCCGAGAUGGAAGGUGGCCAUCAUCAUCCCGUUUCGUCACAGAGAAAACCACCUAAAGUACUGGCUCCACUACCUCCAUCCAAUCCUCAGACGGCAGAAGAUUGAUUACGGCAUCUACAUAAUCAACCAGUUGGGUGAGGACACCUUUAACCGUGCCAAGCUGUUGAAUGUUGGCUACACGGAGGCUUUGAAGGAAGCAGAGUAUGACUGCUUCAUCUUCAGUGACGUGGACCUGAUCCCGAUGGACGACCGCAACCUCUACCAUUGCUAUGACCAGCCAAGGCACUUCGCCAUCGCCAUGGACAAGUUUGGCUUCAGGUUGCCCUACGCAGGCUACUUUGGAGGAGUCUCAGGCCUCAGUAAAAAACAGUUCCUGAAGAUCAACGGCUUCCCCAACGAGUACUGGGGCUGGGGAGGAGAGGACGACGACAUCUACAACAGGAUCACUCUGAAUGGGAUGAAGGUGUCCAGGCCAGACGUUCGCAUCGGCCGCUACAGAAUGAUUAAACACGAGAGAGACAAACACAACGAGCCCAACCCACAGAGAUUUAAUAAAAUCCAAAACACGAAGAACACCAUGAAGAAGGACGGCAUCAGCUCUCUGACCUACAGAGUGGUUCAGGUUAAGAAGUACCCUCUGUACACAAAUAUCUCUGUGGAGAUCGGCAAACCACCGCCCCGGCCUAUAAAGGGCUAGAGACAGACGAAGAGCAAGACGAGGGCGUCAGCGCACAUUGACUAGAGUUAAAAAGAUGGGAAGAAGCUUAUGAGAGGGAAAUGAAAGAUCACAUAUCUUCGACAUCUGGACAGAUGUUGGAAUGAAAGAGAGGAAAAAGUU